AUGUAUUAUGGCGACAGAUGAAAAGGGGUACAAACUUCAUUUCGGAGAUAGCAGUGAUAUUUUACUAGUCAUACAAUUUUAUCAAUGCUAAUUAGCAACACAGAUCCCCUACAGCAUUCAUAAACUUUUGAAUUAACAGUAGAAGCAGCAAUGUAAUCGUAUCUAAAGCCGUUAUGGCCACCAUAAAUUAUGCGAUCUCAAAUCCGAACAUAACCGGCGAGGGACACGGGGCCAGGCCUCGGAGAAAGUGUUUAUUGUGUCAACUUCCUUUCAAAUCAGCUGCGGAUUUCACGAGACAUUUAAGAGAUUUUCACUGUUCAAAAGAGGGUGGUUCUUUUGUUUGCAGGUAUGGACUGAAUAAUGUAUGUCCCUCCCUGCCGUUAGAGGGGGUGAGUGACAUGGACUAUGAAAACCACAUAGCUAGGGACCAUGUCCUUUCCCAUCAACAACGUGGUAUAGGUCAAAAGGACAGUGCUGGAGUGAUGGCAUUACAUGUGUCUGAUAAUCACAAAAAAGAGGAACCAAGUGUGGUCCAAGAUCAACACAAAUGGACAAUAUACAAAUCUUCUGUGAACCUUCCAGCGGCACUUAAUGAUCCUCUGCGUUCAAAGCGGGAAUAUGACUUUUUCACAAAAACUUGGGGUCAAGAUUUUUAUGAAAGAACAGAGGUUCCACCUUCGCCAUAUUUGGUUCACAUUUCCAGAGAGCAUUUUCAGAAGUAUAGACAUAGAGUAUCAAAGAGAUACAAGAAGCAUGUCCAUAAAUAUACUCAGUUCCUUCAAGAGUCUCCUGGUGGGGAAACCUUCUUACAGCAGCUUGAAAAGAACAGAGCUGAGUUACAACAGAUACCCAAACUCUUCCUUUUACCAAACUUUGAACUGGGAAAUAGUGAUACUUUCAAUGCUGUGUUUCCAUGGCAACAGAUUGAGUCAAAAAAUCAUUCCAAGCCUUCUGGUCCUACAUCUUCUGGACCGCAGUUGUCAAAGCUCCUUCAGGAAAAGUUGAGUCAUUACUUAGAUAUAGUGGAGGUGCACAUAGCCAAGCAAAUAUCGACUAAGUCCGACGCGUUCUUCCAGGCAAUGUCUCGUCAAGACAAACUCCAGGAGAACAUGCUACAGACAUGCCAGACAAUUAAACGACUGAGGGACAGAGUGAAAACUAUUGAUGAAUAUCUGGCCAAAGGAUCUCUGAAGAUAAUCAAAUUGUAUCGCACUAGAGCUAAUUAUGCACAACUAUACAACAAACUUAAGAUGAUGGCCACAGUGCACCAGACCCAGCCCACCAUACAAAUGUUGCUGUCCACCAAUGAGUUUGUGGGCGCCCUUGACCUUAUCUCCACUACACAGGAAGUCCUGUCACAGGAGCUUGCUGGUGUCCACAGCUUUAGACACUUGGGUUCCCAGCUAGCAGAGAUGGAGAAGGUGAUCGACCGUAUGUUACAGGAAGAUUUUGCCAAGUAUGUGUCUUCUGACCUCAACAGACCAGUCACUGACCCCGAGCUACUACAGGAGGAGGAAAAGCUUGUGUCGCUGGUAUUCGGUAUGAUUCGGCGUGGUCGGUACAACUUCGUGGAUGUGUACCGAGAGGAAGCAUUAACAGCUGUACGAGCCACGGUGAAACAGACUGUGGUUGAAGCCGUGUCGUCAGCAGACAUAGAUACAGAUGAGAAUGCUUCAAGUUUGGGAGACCAGAUGCGACUGCUGAAUUACGUUCAGUGGAUGGAAUGUCUGAGGCAGAUCUUCUCCAACCUUCUGGUCCAUCUGAAUCGUGUGAAGACAUUCCAUGGUGUCAUUACCGACGUGAUCGGUAUCGCAGCCCGUAAAACACAAGUGCCUAGUCCUCUGGCUUCACCUACCCAUAACAUGGAGUCUCUGUCUGAAGCCUCCCAUCUUCACGUAUCUGUGAGUGAAGAUGCUGCUGAUUUAAUGAUAAGUGAGGCUGAAUUUGUGAGGGUCAGCUCCAGUCUUGCUGACUUGCUGACCAGUACUUGUGACUUUUCCCACGACCGCUGUGUCAAGGUCAUUGUAGCUCGGUCAAGGGAUGGCUUUCUAGAGAGACUGUCAUCCCAUGAGUUUGUCAACUUGUCUCGAGUGGUAGAGGGGUUUGUAAGCAACUGUGAAGGUGUGUGCGGCAGACGGAGUGCUUCUUUACGGCUUAGUCUACAGUCACAGGCAUCUAGAUUUGUAAAUCGUUUCCAUGACGAGAGGAGAACAAAGUUAAGUUUGAUAUUGGAUAAUGAACGAUGGAAGCAGGCAGAUGUUCCAGCAGAAUUCCAGGAAUUGGUUGACAACAUCAGCAAAUCAGGCAAGCUGUGUCUGGUUGAGAGGACUGCUGAUGCAGACAAAAAGCCAUUUGGUACCUUGACAGUGGACGGACAGAGUUACUCUGUAGUGGGAACGGUGCUGAUGCUGCUGAAGAUGAUGGUAGAAUACUGUCAGUGUGUAGAUGACAUCCCUACUGCUGGGCCUGACCUCCUUAACCGCCUCAUAGAGCUUAUUAAGAUUUUCAACUCGAGAACCUGUCAACUGGUGCUUGGUGCUGGAGCACUACAGUUAGUUGGCCUGAAAACCAUUACUACAAAGAAUCUAGCCUUAGCGUCUCGCUGUCUCCAGCUGGUUGUGCAUCACAUGCCCAUUGUGCGUGGACACUUUGAGUCACAUCUUCAAGACAAGAACAAAACUAUGCUGAAACAUUUUGACCAAGUCAAGAAGGAUUACAUGGACCAUAUUAAUGAGAUCACAAACAAACUAGUUAGUGUAAUGGAAGGUGUAGUGGAGUCACAGCUUGUCAAGUGGGAAGUGAAAGCCCCGAUGCCAUCGGCCUGUUUUCGCUCCAUCUGUAAACAGAUAACUAAGAUGCACGAGGUGGUCAUUGACAUCCUGCCAGAGGACCAGAUCAAGACCCUGUUCCAGAGUAUAAACCAAGUAUUCAUCAGACUGGCCCGAUUACAACUAGUCAAACUGGAUGUGUGUAGUAAUGGUGGACCUCAACACGCGUUGGUUACAUCUGACUUAGCCUUUUAUUCAGGGACGUUUAAGACGCUACGAGGACUAGAAACAUUAGCCAAUAAUACAAAUGCAGUGUGGGAUACAAGCUGACCCAUCAACCCGGUCUGUCAUUGACCACUUGACCUCUACAAAUCAUGUGCAAUGUAUACAAAGGUUUUUAAGGGUAAUACAUUGUUUUGAUGAAAAUCAAUCAGAAGUGUUUUAAUUUCUCUGGAUGGAUCAUGGAUAAAGAGUGUGCUGAUCUAUACACCAGUUUCAAACUUGAAAAAGUUUCAGAUACUUGUUAUUAGUACAUCCAGAUACACUCUCUUCAAAUUCAUUCAUAGCCAUGGGUUGAAAAAAUAAUCUGGUUAAGUUGUGAAAUAUUGUGAGAAACCAAUAUGUUCGAUGUCACAGCUGUUAUGCAGGGAUGUAAGGUUAUCAUAAGUUUAUAAAUGUAAUGUGUAAAAAUAACAGCUCUUUCAUCAAGCAUCAAUAUGGAAACAUCAAUAAUUCGUUAGAUACAAAAAUAGUGGUGUUUUCUUUUGCUUUUCAACAAAACGUGCCUGUUCAAAUUAUAUCCAAAUCUUGAUCCUAUUUCAGAAUGAUAUUGAUGAAACUUGCAAAAGCCUCUUUCACCAUAUUCAAUUACAAAAAGAAUUUGACAAUAUUUUAAUCAAUGAGUCUGUGUCCAGAAAAUGAAUAAAUAGUUGUUUUACAGUAUAAUGUAUAGGGAACGAGCCUUGGAAAGCAGAUCUUUCAUUCUCUUACCCUGGACAGGUGUAUCCACACUUUACCGGUGUGAGAUAUCCUUUUCUCACAUACUUCACAGGGUUAUCCCGUUGUUGCUAGGGAAAAGAUAACUCUAUCUUACACGGGGUAGGGAAAGACAACUGACACACGCUAUGACGUCAUAAUAAUGGAUUGUCGAAGUGAUGUCAUUUUAUUGUUUCCGUGAUGUCCUACAGUUGUUGUGGAUGGGGAAUCAUCCGUCUCAACCCUAGGGCUUUGGGGUUUGCCAGAAGAAUAAUAUUGAUGCUUAUUUCGACUGGAAUUUGUUUAUUUGUAUGUAUGUGAGAAAAAUAAUCAAACAUGGGUCUGUUCCAUAGACAGGCAUGUCUCAACCCUUAUGUAAGAG